AGUUGUGGGCUUACAUCGUAUACCGUGAACGAUUCACUUCACAGCUGGGCCUGUUAUUGGGCUCGAUUUUUAUAACAUCUCCGAUUUUACAAGAAAUCGGUUUUCGGCGGUAUAAAAUCCGUUUUCCGCCUAAGUCUAAGUUGACUGGCGUAGCCUAAUAUCGCGGAUUCUCGCCGAAUUCCACCGACAAUAUGACGAAAUUCCAUCUGGGUUUUCUCUGUUACUUAGUCUCUUUAGUGGGUUUUGCUAAUUUCCCUAUUGUGCAGGCCGGUGUCGAUGAUCCGAUUAUGCAAGCUCUCAAAUCAAGUCUGAAUCUCACAUCAGAUGUCGAUUGGUCUAACUCUAAUCCUUGUAAAUGGGAAACUGUUCAAUGCGAUGGGAGUAAUCGGGUUACGAGGAUUCAGCUUAAGCAGAAAGGGAUUCGUGGAAUUCUUCCUCCCGAUAUCCAGAAUCUCUCAGAAUUGACUGUUCUCGAGCUCUUUCUCAAUCAACUUUCCGGUCCGAUUCCUGAUUUAUCGGGUCUCACUCGUCUGCAGAAGCUGAAUUUACAUGGCAAUCUUUUCGAUUCAGUACCAAAAAAUCUCUUCUCCGGCAUGACUUCGCUCCAAGAAGCGUUUCUCGAGGACAAUCCGUUUUCUCCUUGGCAGAUUCCUGAGUCUAUCAAAGAAGCAACGUCUCUGCAGAAUCUCACUCUCUCCAAUUGCAACAUAACAGGGACAAUCCCUGAUUUCUUCGGCUCUCACACACUCCCAAGCUUGACGAAUCUGAAACUAUCUCAGAAUUUUCUUCACGGCGAGUUACCGGCGACCUUAGGAGGCUCUUCACUGCAAACUCUCUAUUUGAACGGUCAAUUGGGCGAGACAAAACUAAACGGGUCAAUCUCGGUAUUGAGGAACAUGACUUCGCUCGUUGAAGUUUCUCUGCAAGCAAACUCUUUCUCAGGUCCAAUCCCUGAUCUCUCUGGUUUACAAUCUCUCCGCGUGUUCAAUGUAAGAGAGAAUGAUCUCACUGGUGUAGUUCCACAGUCUUUGACUCUCCUCAAAUCGCUUACUGUUGUAAAUCUAACCAACAAUGAGCUUCAAGGACCGACCCCAGCAUUUGGCAAAUCUGUUGCCGUAGAUAUAUACACCAAUACAAAUAGUUUUUGUCAGGAUAAAGCUGGUGCUCCGUGUGAUCCUCGUGUAGAUACUUUGCUUUCUGUAGCUGAAGCUUUAGGAUAUCCAUUGAAGUUCGCGAGGGCUUGGAAAGGAAACGAUCCGUGUGUAAACUGGGCUGGGAUUACUUGUGCGGGAGGUAACAUUACAGUGGUUAACUUCAGGAAACAAGAUCUCUCGGGGACGAUAUCUCCGUUUUUAGCGAACCUUACUUCAUUGGAGACCAUCAAUCUUUCUGAUAACGAGCUCACUGGGAGUAUACCGACCGAGCUUACCAAAUUGCCUAAGCUUAAGACACUAGAUGUGUCUAACAACAAUAUAUACGGAGCUCUGCCAAAGUUUCCGAGUAGUGUGAGCGUGGUGACUGAAGGAAACACUAACAUCGGAAAGGAAGGACCUAGUUCGCCGACUGGAUCUCCUGGAACUUCAGGGAAAGAGCCUGGAGGAAGUGGAAGCAGUGGAAGUCCUAAGAAAUCAAGCAGUGUCAAGAUUAUUGGUCCUGUGGUUGGCGGUGUAGUUGGUGCAUUGUGUCUGGUCGGGCUCGUUGUGUGUCUCUAUGCAAAGAAAAGAAAGCGACCCACUAGAGUUCAGAGUCCAACAAGCAACAUGGUUAUUCAUCCGCAUCACUCGGGUGACAACGAUGCCAUUAAACUCACUGUUGCAGCUUCUAGUCUUAACAAUGGCGGAGGAAGCGAGAGCGGUUACAGUCACAGUGGAAGUGCGGCGAGUGACAUUCACGUUGUGGAGUCUGGGAACUUGGUUAUAUCGAUACAGGUUUUGAGGAAUGUGACAAACAACUUUAGCGAAGAGAAUAUCCUUGGGAGAGGCGGUUUCGGGACAGUUUACAAAGGCGAACUCCAUGAUGGAACCAAAAUAGCUGUGAAGAGAAUGGAGUCCUCGGUUGUAAGUGAUAAAGGACUUGCUGAGUUUAAAUCUGAGAUCACUGUUUUGACCAAAAUGCGUCAUCGUCAUCUCGUUGCGCUUCUUGGGUAUUGCCUUGAUGGUAGCGAGAGGCUUCUUGUCUAUGAGUACAUGCCACAGGGAACACUGAGCCAGCAUUUGUUCCAUUGGAAAGAAGAAGGGAGAAAACCGUUGGAAUGGACUAGAAGGUUGGCGAUUGCUUUGGAUGUAGCUCGAGGUGUCGAGUAUCUGCACACGCUUGCGCAUCAGAGCUUCAUUCACAGGGAUCUAAAGCCAUCAAACAUCCUCCUUGGUGAUGAUAUGCGCGCUAAAGUCUCUGACUUUGGAUUAGUCCGUUUAGCUCCUGAUGGCAAAUACUCCAUCGAGACUCGAGUUGCUGGUACCUUCGGAUACCUUGCCCCAGAAUAUGCAGUGACGGGAAGAGUGACGACGAAAGUUGACAUUUUCAGCCUCGGGGUCAUACUUAUGGAGCUAAUCACUGGUCGUAAAGCCCUAGAUGAGACGCAACCUGAGGACAGUGUCCAUCUAGUCACAUGGUUCCGUCGGAUAGCAGCCAGCAAAGACAAAGACGAAAAUGCCUUCAAAAACGCAGUAGACCCAAACAUCAAUCUCGAUGAAGAUACCUUAGCCAGUGUCGAAAAAGUGUGGGAGCUUGCUGGUCAUUGCUGUGCACGUGAGCCUUACCAAAGACCUGACAUGGCUCACAUCGUUAACGUCCUUUCUUCACUCACCGUCCAAUGGAAACCAACCGAGACCGAUCCUGAUGACCUCUACGGCAUAGACUAUGAUAUUCCGCUUCCGCAGGCUGUUAAGAAAUGGCAAGCUUCUGAGGGACUUAGCCAAACUGCUGAUGACUCUGGAUCUUCGUCUUCGGCUUAUGGAAGCAAAGACAAUACACAGACAAGUAUCCCAACUCGCCCUUCUGGAUUUGCUGAUUCGUUUACUUCUGUGGAUGGACGUUGAAGAAAUAAAAGUCUUGCGUUUUCAGAUUUCGUUGAAACUUUUUAAUAAGUAGAAGAAGAUGAAGUAUAAUGUGUGAAGAAAUUUCUCUUUUCUCUUUUUGUUCUUUCUUUAUUUUUCUCUGAAGUUUUUUACGUGUGACUUGUUAUUGAUUUUUCCUGCAAGCUUUUGGUUAGUAUGUUAUCUAAGUUGUAGUGUUUAUGCAAAUAUAAACGAUCUUUUGAGAGGUCUCAGAUUCUCAGAUAUGAAACUCUCUCUU